UAAUAUUUAACACACCCACUGAAAGCUGGAGCUGCAGAGCUACUAGUCCAACCAGUCUCCAGAAUUCAGCAUAGCUGAAAGAGGUUUUCACUCUGCACCUGCCAAAGAUCUCUCCCCCCUCCUCCCUUCUCUCCCCCCUUCUCUCUUCCUUUCUCUCUCUCUCUUUAAGGCAGAUCUGUAAGACCCAGCAGAGAUCAAAGACAGGACCUCUUUGCUAAAAAGAACCUCUACUGAUUUAUAUUACUUUCUUUCUUCUAAUCCUCCCCCCCCCUUUUCCCCCCUCUGUGCCAUAUUUAACCUUUAUGUUGCAGUUGUGCCAUCAGACAGUUUUGCAGCCAAAAAAAACCAACCUAAACCAAAGCAAAAGCCCAGCUCGGAUACAGCAGCCACCCAGACUCGAUCUCAGUUGAACAUACUAAUCUCUCUCAAGCACCGGACGCGAUGGAUGAAGAAACUGGAACAGCUCUAAGAAAAUUAUUUUCCAGCCAAUGUUCUUAAACAGUCCGAGAGAAGAGAGGGAGCGAGAGCGAGCGGGAAGCGCUUCUGCUGCAUCACCGGUCAGAUUCAAAGGAAGGGAGUCAGCGUUUCCAGCACAGCCAAAUAUUAUGGAUGAUUUUUUUUCUUCUGUCGCCUUUCCGUACAGGUUUUCUUAAUAUUAUUCUUCCUUCCCCUCCUCCCUAUCUUUUUUAUUAUUAUUAUUACAUUUUUUUCUUUAAUCAGAGCUAGUGUCAGACGCCGGUUUCUCUCCCAGAACCAGCUUUCCCUGUUUGUUGUGCUCGCUGUAAUAAAAACAGAGAGAAACCGUGAACAGAUGGCUUUAUAUGUUGCAACGCCACUGGCUUUGUUUUCUGAUUGAUUUUAAAGGCUCGGUCCGGCGCUUCUUUUUAUAUAUAUAUAUAUAUAUAUAUUUUUAUUUUUUUUUUCCUCUUUCUAUUUUUUCCCUCCCCCUUCUAAGUUCUUGAUGGUACUGAGAAAUGAGGACCUAUUGUUUUUAGCCUGUUUAUUUCUCGGCGUCUAUGGAGAUAACUUUAUUGACUUGAUCGCUCGCUUCCCGAUCCGAACGGAGAAAGCCAAAGCCCCGGGGGGGGGCUGGGAGACCCACGCCCGCCCGGGUUUUUUUCCACGAAAGCUCUCCCGACCGACCCCGCCGCCUCCCCUCCCUCCCCCUCCCCCGGUAAUUUAUUAGUCGCCCCGGCCAUGAAAAUGCUCCUGGUCCGCAAGUUCCGGGUGCUGAUCCUCAUGGUGUUCCUCGUCGCCUGCACCAUGCACAUCAUGAUCGACCUGCUGCCGCGGCUGGAGCGGCGGGGAACCGAGGGCCGCCCCGGCUGCUCCUGCCCGCCGCCCGCCGCCGCGCCGCCCCGCGCCGCCCCGCGCUGGCCCAGCAAGCACACGCUGCGGAUCCUGCAGGACUUCAGCGCCGAGCCAGGCUCCAACCUCUCCUCCCAGUCUAGGGAAGCGGCGGAAAGGGCGGCGGGAGGCGGCGGUGCCGGCGUUGCGGGGGGGGCGGCGUUGCGGACGCGGAGGCUGAUCGCCCCGGGGGCUCCGCGCCCGCCGCCCCCCGCCGCCGCCGCCGCCCCGCUGGCCGCCCUCUUCCAGCACCCGCUCUACCGCCCCGCCCUGCCCCCGCUCGCCGACGGCGACCUCCUCUUCAAUGUCAACAGUGACAUCAGGUUCAACCCCCGGGCGGCCGAGCAGCCCGAAUGGCAAAAUGAAGAUCAUGAAGAAUUUUUGCCAACUGGAGAAACCUCCAUAGACUCCUACCCAAACUGGUUAAAAUUCCACAUUGGCAUUAAUCGGUACGAGUUGUAUUCCAGACAUAAUCCUGCAAUUGAGGCUUUACUGCAAGACCUGGUCUCCCAAAAGAUAACCAGUGUUGCGAUGAAAUCAGGAGGUACCCAGCUGAAGUUGAUCAUGACAUUCCAGAACUAUGGACAAGCAUUGUUCAAACCAAUGAAACAAACCAGAGAACAAGAAACCCCGCCUGACUUUUUUUAUUUCUCAGACUAUGAAAGACAUAAUGCAGAAAUAGCAGCAUUUCAUUUGGACAGGAUCCUGGAUUUCCGUCGUGUUCCACCAGUUGCAGGUAGACUGGUUAACAUGACGAGAGAAAUACGAGAUGUGACUCGUGACAAGAAACUGUGGAGAACGUUUUUCAUCUCACCAGCCAACAACAUCUGCUUCUAUGGGGAAUGUUCCUACUACUGCUCCACAGAGCACGCCCUGUGUGGAAAGCCGGAUCAGAUCGAAGGGUCUCUGGCUGCUUUCCUGCCUGAUUUGUCUCUAGCUAAAAGGAAAACCUGGAGGAACCCUUGGAGACGUUCCUACCACAAGCGCAAGAAAGCAGAAUGGGAAGUUGAUCCAGAUUAUUGUGAAGAGGUUAAACAAACACCCCCCUAUGACAGUGGGACCAGAAUUCUGGAUAUAAUGGAUAUGACAGUUUUUGAUUUCCUAAUGGGUAACAUGGAUCGACAUCACUAUGAAACCUUUGAGAAGUUUGGAAAUGAAACAUUUAUUAUCCAUUUAGAUAAUGGAAGAGGGUUUGGAAAAUAUUCCCAUGAUGAACUUUCCAUAUUGGUGCCUUUAAACCAGUGCUGCAGAAUAAGGAAGUCUACCUAUCUGCGAUUACAGCUGUUAGCCAAGGAGGAGUACAAACUCAGUCUCUUGAUGAAGGAAUCUUUACUAAAAGAUAAAAUAGCUCCCAUUCUUUACCAGCCUCACUUGGAGGCGAUGGACAGGAGGCUGCGGAUUGUCCUCAAGGCUGUCAGUGACUGCAUAGAGAAGGAUGGUUAUGACAAUGUGGUUGAAAAUGACUUUCACACUGAUGUUAACACUGUUACGACCGAGAGGUAGUGAAAUCGCAAGACGACGUUUUUACCAGCAAAGAUUCAAAGAGGGGAAAAAACAACACAGCAAAAGUCUUGCAAAAGACUGUAUGUGCCACUUUGUGAAUUCAGUGAAUUCAGAAAUGAGAUAUAAUUGUUCCCAAAGUAGGUAAUGUGUAGACUCUGCAAAGGAUUAGUUCAUUAUGAAAAAUAAGUCUAAUGUGAUGCUUUUCAUUAGUUCCUAAAGAGAGAUUAUGAAAAGAUUCAGAAAAUACUCAGCUCACUGACAGACAACGGUCUGAUAUCAAAACUCCUCCUGUCCUUUUUGUAUAGAAAGGAGGCCUUUACUUAAGAUUUUGUAUUUAUAUACAGUAUAUCUAUGAAAACCCAGACCUACCUACCAAAUUUAACUAAGAGGGACGGCAUAGUUUUGUGACUCACACUUUACUUUGUGGUGACGGUCCACUUAGUACUUUGUGUUAACCCUUUAAGUGCUCUAAUCCACUGUAUCUUAUUUAAAUUGAAUGCUUUCCCCCCUCAGCUACUAAGCAUUUAAAGGGUUAAGGCAUUAUGAACUUUUAAAGGCAAAAAAAUAAUAAUUAUUAUUAUUAUAAUAAAUACAGUGGUUACCGGAAGGGAAUUUCACUAAUUGUGCAUUGACAGGAAUACUUGAAUGUUGGUUUUACAAAGUGAUGUAAAAUGACAAGUUGUACUAUUUGUCCAUAAGGAGGUGGCAGCUCUUACCUUUCUAGACUAUCAUAGCUGAGCUGCUACUUUUCAACUUUGCUUUUGAUAGUUUUGUGUAAAUAUAUACAUAUAUGGGUAAAAAGCUGCUUUCAGCAGCUCUAGGCUUACUUUUGCAGCAUUUUUGUGGAAUUGUUUGCAACGUGGUAAAAGUGCAAUAAAGAUAUGGCAAAAUGUGUA